UUUAUAUUUUGAUUGAUCUUUGGCCUUGAAUAUCUAAAAUCAAUUUGAUGUUUUUUUUUCUCGGUGUUUUUUUCCCACUUGUUAACAUUACACUAAUGCCAAUCUUAUCCAAUUGAGGCAAUAAUUUUUUCAUCAAUUUUAACUUGAAAUAAUUUUAAUAUUUUCAAUUUAAAAAUGUAAAUAAAUCUUUGAUAGUAGCGACCUCCAAUGAGCGACAUGCUUACUAGUCAUUGAAACAUGACAUUGAAUUCGAUUUCGUUUUUCCAUAUACCUACAACAAUUUUUCCAAUUCUUUUUGGACCAAUUGGAUCAUCAUCACUAUCUUUGAUAAUAAAAUACAUUACCAAUACACACAGAAACAUACUAUCGACAAAAUCGAUAAACAAAAAUGGAAUAUUAUCAAACAUUUACAAUGUUAUGUUAUCCACAACAAACACAAGUAAUUCGUUAUCGUAUAAAUGGUAAUACAUUUGUAAAGAUAACAAUUUUUUUCCAUCUAUGGCAUGCAAUAACAAAUUGGACAAUAUGUGUUCAUUAUCGUUUGUUACGAACUUUACCACAUCAUCGUAUUCGUACUACUCUUGAUAAUCGUGGUAGUUGUCGAAUUCGUCUUGUUAAUCAUGUCUUACAACAAGACAAAAGUGCCAUACAAAUAUAUCGACAUGUAUGGGAUGGUCGACGUUUUCAUUUACUUCGUUAUUAUCAUUUCACCGUUGAAAUGCAAUAUUUUCGAGUGUAAAAAUUUCUAGAAAUG